GAUAGCAGAAGAGAUCUAUGGUGGCCUGUCAGGUAAAAAAUACUUGAAUUUAUUCCCAACACCUCAAAAAUUCCUCUUGGAAAAUUCCGAUGAAUAGUGUUUCUGGAAGUGUUCACAGGAGUUCCUGGAUUGCAUCAUGCUUCAGUUGGUGUCUGUUUCAAUUUGCAUCCAGGAUUCUCUUUCAAAAUAGACGUGCUUUGUGAUUUCAAUGGACUAGACAACUUGGAAAACUCUAGGCAUCAGUGGUCUUACAUAAAGAAACAAGAACUCUAAGACAAAGCAUCAGAAUGCUUCAGUUAACUGGGGAAGAAAGUGUCAGCAGGCCUGGACUGUGGAAAGAAAUUUCUUUUGGGGAUUAUAUCUGUCACACAUUUCAGGGAGACUGCUGGGCUGACCGAUCCCCACUCCACGAGGCCGCAGCCCAGGGGCGCUUACUGGCUCUUAAAACUUUAAUUGCACAAGGUAUCAAUGUGAAUCUUGUGACAAUUAACCGGGUCUCCUCCCUCCAUGAGGCAUGCCUUGGGGGUCAUGUGGCCUGUGCUAAGGCCUUGCUGGAAAAUGGUGCGCAUGUCAAUGGACUGACAGUUCAUGGGGCCACUCCCCUCUUCAAUGCUUGCUGCAGUGGCAGUUCUGCGUGUGUCAAUGUGCUCUUGGAGUUUGGAGCCAAGGCCCAGCUUGAGGUCUACCUGGCUUCACCUGUCCAUGAAGCAGUGAAGAGAGGUCACAGAGAGUGCAUGGAGAUACUGCUGGCAAAUAAUGUUAACAUUGACCAAGAGGUUCCUCAGUUGGGAACUCCCCUGUAUGUGGCCUGUACCUAUGAGAGAGUGGACUGCGUGAAGAAGCUUCUAGAACUAGGAGCCAGUGUUGACCACGGCCGGUGGCUGGACACCCCACUGCAUGCUGCAGUGAGGCAGUCCAGUGUGGAGAUCAUCAACCUGCUCACUGAGUAUGGGGCUAAUCUGAAACUCAGGAACUCGCAGGGCAAAAGCGCCCUUGACCUUGCUGUUCCAAAAAGCAGUGUGGAGCGGGCGCUCCUGCUCCAUGAAGAUCCGCCUGCUCUUUCUCAGCUCUGCCGCCUGUGUGUCCGGAAGUACUUGGGCCGUGCAUGUCAUCAAGCCAUCUGCCAGUUAGGGCUUCCAGAACCGCUGGAAAAAUUCCUCUUAUACCAGUAGUUGGAAAUGUGUAGAUUGUUGCCUUCUGUAGGGUACUUAGUAUGCACUGUCAGUGGCUUGCCUCACUAUCCUAAAAAUCAGCUCACCCAAUGAAAGUAAAUCUUCUAUAAAUCCAAACAUGUGGGAUGAACAAACUCCUGCUUAGUUUAAUGCUUGCCAAGAGGCAUCCAGAAACCUUUUAGUUUGUAAUUAACUAAAAAUAAAUAAUAAUCUUGAUAAUUAACUUAAAAUAAAACCAAAAUAGGGGGGAGGUAAAAAAGCUAUUUUCAGAUGAUUCAGGACCCUAUGGUACCUGGGACUGUGUUCAGCAUUCUUAAUAUUGCAUAGACACAGGUACAUAAGAAUAAAAUAAAUGUUAAGUACUUAA